AUGCAAAAUGGACAUCGACCAAUUAAACCACGAGUAAAAUCAAUGAAUAUGAUCCUAAUGGCUGAUGAAGAUUUCAAAGUUUUGCCUGAAAAUACUUCUGAGAACAUACCCGUUCUUCGAAGAAGGAAAUACACAAAACAGCAGAGAAAAUCAUUGGUUAUUGAGCCAGAUAUUGGGUUGAUUCUGGCUACUGGUGGUUCGGGUCAAUCCACUUCCAGUGAUGAUGAUGACACAAAAGUUCAGAUUGACUCGAACACACUUCCAUCAAAUCGACGAAAGUAUGGAGGGAAAAGAAAUAUGAAAAAAAGAUUUCACUCGACAAGUAAUUUGAAAGGAACAACUGAGAAUGAGAACGAUGAGAACAGCACAAAACAGUGGACAUCUCAAAUUUUCGCAGAGCUCGAAUCCCUUCCAUCUAGUCGUCGAGGCUCUAUGGAUGUCACUAAGUCUUUGAUAAAUCCACCUGAAUUGGUAAUUAAUUUGGCAACAUCAUCCCUCAUGACGUCUUCUGCUCCAGCUCCACCACCAUCCCCAUUAAAAAGAAAACGUUUUCCAAUGUUUGAUGAGGAAUCCUCAACUUUUCUACCAAUUCAACCAGUUCCCUCUCCCAGAACAUCGAAAAAACAAGCAGAAGACGUAGUUGGACCGACAUUUCUUCGAGACCUACUGAAAGCCAGCUGCUCUCAAUAUCCAUACUCCGAAUCGAAUUGCUCUGAUCGUUUGGCAACUUCGGACACUGCGACACAAAAACCAUCUCGAGCAUCUUCGUUCGAAUGGAUGAAUCCAGAAUGCGCGGAUCAUGGGAAAUAUGAGGAAUGUUCUUCCGAUGAAGCAGAUCGAGAAGUCGCAUUGAUUGGAAUGUCCAAACAGUCGAAUGUUUUGCAAAGGAAAAAGAACCUCGAAGAACUUGAAAAGAGUGUAAAUGAGCUGGAGAGUCUUGGAAACAGCUCGUGGUUUCCCGAUCCUCAACCACCACCCGAUGAAGCAAUAGAUCAGAUUUUUGACUCACUUCCAGCAUUUGGAAGUGUCUACGAUAACACAUUCUCUUCCAUCAUCACAAAACCAUCAUCAUCUUCCGAAACACCACAACAAAAAACAAUCAAAACAAUUGAAAAACCAUUCUCACUCGAGAAUCUUCCAAUGGUACAACGGCUCAGCGAGUUGAGUGCAUCGAAGAAUAACGGUUCCAAGAAGGAAGUGACAAAACGAAACAAUACGUUUGCGGACUUUGCUCUUCAAUUAUCUGAACGAGAUGCACUGGAUGCGUGUUCUUGGUUGAGAAAAGCAGGUUUCUCGAAGUACGCCGACCAGUUCGAAGAAGGAAAAUUACCAAUCAAACCAUCACAAGAUCCAACACUUCCCGAGACGGAUCUGCGUUCGUUGAAUCGAAGAAUCGAGAUUCUGAAUAAAUGUCACACUAUGAAAGUGGAUAGUGUUCCAAUGAGGAGGCGAAUGUUGACAGUAAGGGGUCCUUGUAUUACAGGUUCUAGGAUAUAUGAAAUUCAAAUACUACUGGAAAUUGCCCGGCUUUUUAAUUCAUUUCAUACAUCAAAGAAACUUGAAAAGAAAAGACAAAAUAAUACAAAAAUCAUAAAUAGUGGGAAUUUGUAA